AAAAAAAGGGAUCAACGAACAAAGUCGUUGAUAUGUAAACAAAAGGAAAAAUCAGGAUUCGGGUGGGUGGAAAAGUUAGAGCCCCAAAGGUGGAAAACCUACCAGCUGUUUUGGUGGGUUCAAGGGAACCCGUAGUGCGUCAUCCCGAAUGCAACAGUUCCAUCGAUAAGGGAUUGUGUGUGUGCUUGUGAUGAGUGGAGCGUAAUCUCGUCGCCCGCAAGUCGAGUCAUGUUUUCCGUCUUCAAGAAGCUAGCCAACAAAAACGAUGGCCCGACCGUGUCGAUACCGGAGUCCGUUGGCCAGACGAUGUCGGAUUCGCUUAAGAAGCGAUUUUCCCGUGGCGUCCAGUACAACAUGAAAGUCGUGAUCAAGGGCGAUCGGAACGUGGGCAAAUCGUGUCUGCUGGAGCGGCUGCAGGGCAAAGCCUUCAUCGAGCAGUACACGCCGACGGAGCAGAUCCAGGUCGCCAGCAUCCAGUGGUCGUUCAAGGCGACGGACGACGUGGUCAAGGUGGAGGUGUGGGACGUGGUGGACCGUGGGAAAUCGAAGCAGAAGAGCACGAACCUGAAGCUGACGACGGCCGGCGCAGGUGCGGAACCCGACAUUCCCGUGCUGGACGCCGAGUUUCUCGACGUGUACAAGGGCACCCACUGUGUGGUGAUGGUGAUGGACAUUACGAAGGCGUGGACGUUCGAUUACGUGUGCCGGGAGCUGCCCAAGGUGCCGACCGACAUUCCGGUGCUGCUGCUCGGCAAUCACUGUGAUAUGGGACACCAUCGCGUGAUUACGGCGGAACAGGUGCACGGGUUCGUCGAGACGGCCAGCCAGGAGCGGAAGGCGGAAAUCGUGUACGGGGACAGCUCGAUGCGCAACGGGUUCGGGCUGCGGCUGCUGCACAAGUUCUUCGGCAUUCCUUUCCUCUACCUGCAGAAGAGUGCCCUCGAGGCGUCGCUGAGGAAAAACGCACAGGAUCUCGACAUCUGCCGGCUGGAGAUCGAUGAAUAUCAGAAAUCCGACGACUCCGACUACGGACGCUUUCUGGAUAAUCUGAUCAGCAAAAAGAAGGCACGCGAAAGCACCGUCAGCCACCCUACCAGCCCGACCGUUCCAUCCGUGAUUCGACCGACGAAAAGCAUCAUCCUUGGCGGUGGACAUCCCAUCAUCGUGCCCGAUCGGAACUCACAUCUGGCGGUCGCUUCAACGACGACCGUCAACACGGCCAAGCUCAAUCCCCAGCGGCAGCAGGAACAGGCGCCGGCCCGCAGCGCCACCAUGGCCACACUGUCGUCCGAUGCGGGCUUUGGCAAGAUCGACAAUGUGGAUGAGUUUUGUCCGGACGGUGGUGUGCUGGACAAGUCGUUCCUGGAGGACACGGUGGAUACGGCGGGACGCCACGUCACGUCACCGCCGCCAGCGAUCGAAAGCGAUGAAGACGAGGACGAUCGUCACAAUCCGCUCGUGUCGAGAUUCGAUGAGGAAGAUCCUGGUGGAGUUGAUCCGCCCGAUGAACCGGCAGAAGAGCCAAGGGCAGGCAGCAAGGUGACGAAUCCUCUCCGAAGCGAACCAGAACGCUCCUCACCACCGGUGCUCCGUUCGCCCGCCGCUCAAUACACCGAGCUGGAGGAGGAUGGUACUGAGGAAGCGCGGAAGCUGUCCCUGUCCAGUGUGGAGCUGGAGGUGGGCCGCAUUACGCCCGGCGUGAAGGAAAAGCUGAACCUAAACUAUGAAGGCUGGUCGAUGAUCGAUACAAAGGAGCGUCGAUCGCCGGAAGGUGGCGAGGAUGUCGUGUCCACCUCGUCCGUGAAUCGAUCAAAGAGUUCGUCGGAGAAAAAGUCGAAGGAUAAGGAGAAAAAGCACAAGAAGAAGAAAUCGAGCAAAGAGAAGGACGAAGGGGGAGGUGGGCGCAGCGGCAGCGACGGGAAGCAUCACCGGAGCAGCAAACGCAAGAGCCACGUGGACGAGUUCCUGAAGGAGAUGCAAUCGAAUGCGGCGUACGGGGAAGCAGUAGACGAAGCGUACGAAGCACUAUGAGAGAUUACUGAACUGCCCCCAAAGUUUCCCUCUUUCGCACCUCGAGUUGCUGCUGUUAAUGGCCCGUCCUGUCCGAUCGCAGAGGGAGAGAGAGAGAGAGCGAGCAAGCCGGACAGUUUCCUUUUUGCGAAUUUAUUACUCUUCUGUUCCAACACCAUAACUGUUAAGCUUCUUACAAUUAACACUAAACUCUCUGUGUGUGUCCCACACAGCAGGUGCUGCUGGCUGGGGGCUGUUUGCUGCCGCCUGCCCGUGCUGGGAAAAGGGGGCGGUUGAAGGAGCAGCAAACGGCUAGCUGGGAAAUGAACUACAAAGUUUACUACAAAUAUAUACAUUCUAUCAUGUUUUAACCAAAAA